AUGGAGCAGCCGCAAAAUCUACGAACCCUUUUUGCGGAAGCGAAAGCUGAAAAGUCUGCUUUAGAAACCCGCCCCGACAGCAACACGGAUGCAUACCGCAGUGAUGUCAACGCAACAAUAGCCAAGCUUGAGGAAUGCCAGCGGCAAGUGGGAUUGCUAUCUCUGUUCAGCUCGAACGAACCUUUGGAGGACAUCUCCACGACAGAUAUCCAAUACCUUACGGUAGAGUAUCAUCUUGCGGACCUUCUCCAAAGAACUUACAGCUCGGACCGUGAAGCUCUCCUCCGACGUGCGCUUGGGCAAUAUGAACGCUUCCUCGCCCGACUAGACGAUUACGAUGUCCUCAACGAAAAAGAUAAGAAGCUCUUUGAACGUUACACCUCGAACCCCACCUCUUUUUCCCUGACUACAACCAAUGAUGCUGCGACCCGCCGAGAAGUGAAGAUAAACAGAUUCAAGGAGGAGAAGGAGCUGAAGCAGAAAUUAGAGUAUUUUGCGAAUAACCAAAGCCGGCUACAAAGCGACGAGGAGGAUGUCCGGAAACUCUACCUCGCCGAGAUCAACCUCUACAUCCACCAGUCAUUCCAGUCCUUGGAUCUGCUGUCGCAAGAGCUGACUAUGCUGUCAACCAUCCGCAGUGCUCCGCCAAACCCCGCUGAGUCAUUGCAGGAUGAUCCACGUCGGCGGAAUCAGGCAAGCGAGUCGAGCUACUCCGAGCGACUAGAUCGUCCGAUUGCCGAACUGCUGAGAGGAGGGAAGUUCGGACCUAUCCUGAGCAAGGAGGGGAAGCCUAUGCAACCAUUCACGUUGCUUGAUCGCCGGACGCAGCUCCAGCAAGGGGUGUUCCGAUCGGGACAUAAUCUACCCACUAUGACGAUUGAUGAAUAUCUUGAAGAGGAGAAAAGGAGGGGUAACGUCAUCGAAGGCGGGGGGGAGAAGUCAGGCAUAAAGCCUGAGGUUGACGAAGAUGACAUGGACUUGGCUGAUGAAGAAACAAUGAAGGCCAGAGCUUGGGACGAGUAUAAAGAGGCGAAUCCAAGAGGCUCUGGCAAUACAUUGAAUCGGGGUUGA